CGUACGCCGACAGGUGCGGACGGCUUGCGCGUCUGACACGUUCGCGGACUACGAUCGACCAAACGAACAUACAAAACUUAUUAAACCCCACCCGAGCCCUCAGCCCUUAACGAACGAAACGUGCGAGCUUUGAUUAAUAUGAUAUACGUAUUUAGUUAGCCAUGAUCCCUAAAUUUCAAAAUCAAUUUUUACAUAAGAAACGACUGAAGUUUUCUACUCGCAUUGUUUAUAAGAUUUUGUAAAAUUUACACCUUUUGAGAUUUACUUUAGUCCCAAAACUUUCGAACAAAGCUUUUAAAUAGUGAGUGUUUUAGAACAGUGCUUAACCUUUAGUUGUGUGUGUAGUGUUUAGUGUUCUUGCGUUGACUUUUAUUGAUUGGUCAAGAUGAGUUUAAGAUCCGAAGAUUGAAGAAAAUCCUACCUCCUCAUGCUCAAGCUCUCCCCAAUAAAACAUUCCUUAAACCUUCCACAUCUAAGUCAAACUGAAAGAAACAUUCCAGAAUUACUAAUCAAAAUUAAGGUUCUGUUCGUAAGAGUGACUGUAAGUGAUAAAGCCUGGAAAGAUAAAGGCGCGCGGUAACCUCUUCGGAGGGCGCGAGAGGCUGGCGCGAUGCGGUCUCCCCAGGGAUGUACGUAAUAUAUCCCGCAGACGAAGUAGUGUCCCUGACAUACAGCUCGCCCUCGGCGCCUCGGCCCAGGCCGCGGCCAACGCUAGACAUUAUAGUUGACCUGCCGCCGCACGCGCCGAGUGAAGCGCAAGCACCUACCCCGCCCCCCGCCCCGACCCGCGCUCUCUCUGUCCCCAAAACGGCGCCCCCGGAGCUAGCGCCUGGCGCGCCGGCCUCGCCGACGCCCUCUACUGAGCGGCCGGCUAAGCCGCGCGACCGCACCAAAAAGCUGUUUAAGAAACUAGGCCGCCAUGAGGACAAUGAAUUUGGCAAAAUAAUCAGAACCCCAGCCCCGGAUGAAUUCGAGUUUCCCGCGCCCCUACCAACCCCCGCUUUCUCCAGGAAAAACAUAUUCGACCGCGAUUUUGAUGCACUGUUUGAAGUUGCGAGUACGCCGGAAUUCUGUGCAAAUAUAAGGGUAACGACGCCGGAGCCUGAUCGUCGGUCUGAUGUGUCUGCACCUCAUUUCCCGUCUCCCUCAGCCUCCUCCCUUAGUCUGCUACCUCCCCGUCCGCAGUCAGAGCCAACGGCGAAUUCAACUAUGGCACAAACAUCUCCACAUUCUACACCUCCAGCGCAACGAUCGUCAUUUGAAGGAAGUAGUCCAAAGCCGAAGAAAGUCAGCUUUUUUCGAAAAUUCAGCCGGUCGAGGGAGACGCCGUCGACAUCUGCCAAGAUGCAGCAGCCGUCGAUAGAGAUGGCUCUGCGAGAACUGACACACCCAUCACAUAAUGAGCAACUAAAGAAUCAACAACAAGUUACAUUCAAAUUAGUCAAAACAGUCGCGGACUUCACAACACAAUUGUCACAAGUGUACGAGCGACACGCGUCCGAGCUUCAAGUGCUUAUAGCAACUUUUCGUAAAAGGAACAGCGAACUUAAAAAAGAAAGAGCGUCAUGUCCAUCAUCACUGUUCCACACAUGGGAGACGUUUCUCCAGGAAGUGGAUGCUGACGUCGUGGGAUUCAACAACGCGGCAUCUUCUCUCGAGACGACAGUGGCUGUGCCGCUAAUAGAAAAGACCUUUCACAUGAAGGUCCAGGCGAGGAAGCUGUUCGCACAUCGUGAAGGCUGUGAAGUGAUUCUUGGAAAGGCUGAUGACCAACUUAAUAAGAGUCGACAAGAAUACAGAACAGCUUUCCUGAACUACUGCGACAAUGCGAGCCCUGUCAACCUCGCAACAUAUUACGACUCGCACAACAACUACGUGCAACAAUUGACAGCCACAAAUGCAAUGAUUGAACAAUACCAUAACCAUACACUGCCCACUAUAUUACAGGAAUUGGAGGAAAUUUUAACGGACGUAACGACUGCAGUCAGCGAUGCUAUUUGUCAGGAAGGAGAAAUUAUGUCGGAAAAGUGUAACCAUCAGCUGAGAAGAUACGAGUCUCUAUGCACACAGGCACGUGCGGUGUCCAGUACUGCUGAUUUGGCGCAUCUUGCGAGGACACUCAUGACGAACCAACCACCUAUGAGGGCUCCAAUGAGGGCCUUCAUGCCGCCAUAUCCACCAGAACCAGAUGACCCACCAAUAGAUGUACCUGCGGAGUCUAUGCCUCCUGUGCUGCGAGGUGAGAUGUUACUCGACAGAAUGGGAGGAGGUCAGGCGAGACUAAACUAUGAACAAUUGAGAAAAGACGCCAUUGAUCUCGAGUUGCAGAUAAAACAAUUGCAGGAAGGCUUGGAGUCACUGAUGCGUUUACAAAACCGCGGCCUCGAAAGUAAUAUAUACAGCAAAGUGAAUGAAAUUCAAGAGGAGAUCUCUAUGAAGAAGUACGAUUACAGAGCCACUCAAUUACAUCUAGCUGCAGUAAGAGCUCAGAGGGAGCUGUUCGCAGCUAAAGCUGACAGCAGCACAGUAGACCGCAAGCUAUCGUCUUCAUCAGCCGGAAGUAUGAAGAACAAGUGGCUUAAGGCUUUUAGGAGUUUGAAGCCUCCCAGCGCACCGCCGCCACAUGGCGCUCCAGAUAAAAAAAAUCAAAUGUACCAUGCGGUGUCUACGGUUAUGGCGAUGAGGAGGAAUGGUGCGUCUCGCGACGCGAUGCGAGGCAUCGACUCGGAGGCCCAUAAUUUCCAAGAAUACACAUACAAGAAGAUCACACCAUGUGAUGUUUGCUCUCAAGUUCUGCGAGGGCACACUCGACAGGGUCUGAGGUGCAGAAUAUGUAAAAUGAACGUACACACAGACUGCAUGCCUCAAGUUGGCAAAUGUCAAACGAAAUCACGACUCUUGCGCCGACAGAAAAGCACCUCCGAAAUCGAAGCUCACAGGGUCCAAGAUCCUGGCUAUGAAGAAGAAAAGGAGGAAGUGGAUCUGACGUAUCAAGUGCUGAAGCGCGCCAACGAAAUAGCGAAGCCGGGAGGGCCCGUAGUGCGCGUGUCGGCACCCGAGGAACCUCCGCCGUCGCGGUCCCCGGCCCGGCCGAGCACCGGCCUGGCGGUGGCGCCGCAACAGAUCUCCUCCAGCUCAGCGCCACAUUCGCCUCGCCGCCAAAAGUUGAAUCUUAGGAUGAAGAGCCUUUCUUUGGAUUCCCCGGAGUGUGGAGAACUGAGGAGGAGACCAGCUAGGGACCAACCUUCGCAGAGCAGCAAAGUUCUAUAUAACAGGACGUAUUGCAUGCGAUACGGCUCGCUGAGAGUAAAUAACGCUGUAUAUAAUUCGCAAUCAUCUCCAUCGUCGCCGGUGCAUAGCCGCCGUCUUCUGAACACUCGGGUGGGUCGUAUGAGCAGCGUGGAGUUACCAGACGAGCCUGACAAGAGCCUUUCUUCAAACAGCGCCAGCCCUUGCCCGUCACCAGUGAAACAGCCCAUGAAGCACCAGCGUCUCUUACCAACCAACUUGUACGUGAUUCUCUACAACUUCAAGUCCCGUCACGCUGAUGAGCUGGACUUGAAGGCUGGAUAUAAGGUCACAGUGAUCGACACCUCCGACCCCGAUUGGUGGAAGGGCAAAUGCCUUGGAAAAGUCGGGUACUUUCCAUCCAAGUAUUGCACUAAGCUGCAGGCUGGGGAACGACCGCUGCAAGUCACUCACAACUUGCAGGUGUCUGACGGUGACAAUGGCCUGAUGCUUCUCCGUGACCAGAUCGUGAUCCAAGUGGGUGAUGAGGUCGACGGCAUGGUGAUGAUCCGUGCUGGUGACAACCGACAGGGAGUGUGCCCUGUUAAGUUUCUACAGGAAGUGUGACGCUUUAAGCUGCCCAGUUUCAGUGUUCUCCGACGACGCAGCUCCCUCUCAAACGAAUCCCGAACGUACUUGGCACCAAAACCUUCUCGAAGCGCGCCAGUCACACCCUGCGACAGUGACUCAGCGUCGUGGCCAUAUGUGGACUACGAGCGCAGAUCGGAAAAGGAGAGAUACGAAGCCUCCGUAGAAGGUGUCUGGUGGUGGAAACGACCUCUCGGCGUUAGGCGUUCCACCUGCCGCUGUAGAGCCUCUUCAUCAUCGCGACCUCUCAUGGCUCCUUGUACGUCAGGUCAGGAAUAUUAUAGAUCUGAUGAGCGACCGUUGAGCCUUGUCCGGCAGAUAUAUCUGUAAGGGGCCAUUGAAAGCUUUUCUUUUAUGUUUAAAUUUUCUCUUUAUGUAACUACAAUUGUUUGUUUUAUAAUAUUGUUAAUAACGACACAUUAUUGAUUUUUUUUAAGAUUACCCUCUUUUAAAUGAAGUCUACCCUCAUAUUAUAAAAUAUUUUUUGCGAACAUAAAAUAAGUAGUUCUUUCGCGGUUGCUUUCCCAAUAUAUGGCCUAUGAUUUAAAAAAAUAAUCCUUCCAUGCCUAGAAUUUAUUUAUAAAGUUUCGUAUUACGAAUUUUAUACAGAUGCUAUUAUAUACAACAUAUCAUUUAAUAUAAAUUUUAUUUAAAUAUAAAAAUAUAUUUAAGUACUCUGGGUUCAGGGAUUAAUAUUUGCUUACCUAUAAAGGAUAUUUAACAAUACGUUUAUUACAUUAUUUAUUGUUAUACAUUCAUUGAGAAAAUUAUUAAUGAAUCCACCUUUAGGUAAUAAGUAGAUCUAGAAUCGCAUAAUGCACAUUAUUAUAAUUAUAAUAUGUAGAUGUACAGAAAAGUACGAAUAUUUAAAUAGUGUUAUAGCCAUCUUUAGUACCCCCUAGCUCUUAGAUUUCUGUAUAUGAUCAAAUACGACACCUUAGAUCGGCAACAAUCAGUACGAUGACGUCAUUCCUUAAAACGCGGUAUCGAAGUGUUUCUGAUUCCAAAUAUAACAUCUUGACAUCAGCCAAUCAAUUCGGACUCGAGUUAUAAAUGUCUUCACUAGGUCCUUUACUUCGUUCUUCACUUACUCCAAUGAGCUUCCCAGUUCCCACUCCAAGAUGGCCCAAGCGGAGGUCAAGAAAACCGAAAAGCCCAUUUCUGGUAGAGUACUCUUCUGUACUCUUGUCAAAACAGCCCGAGCUGAGCUUGAGGCUUUUUUGACAACAGAGCUUUCAAGGGAAAGCUUUUAAAAAAGCCACUGGAAUCUUCGGCUUUUAUGUUGGAGGGAAACCUUCUUGCCUCCUCUUAUCUUCCUAUCUGAUGACUGUAGAUUAAUACCAUUAUUGUCUUUGGUUACUACUAAGUACUAACUCAAUGCAUAGAAAAACUUUUUUUUUAACAUUUAUAAUUAGAACUAAAAAGGUUUUACAUUUCUUAGUGAUUUGUCAACAAAAAACUAUGACGAAUAUUGGCGAUCGUUGUUUUUAAAUGUAAGUAAUUCAUUUUGUCAAAGUGCAUUUAUGUUGGCCUAGCAUAGAUUAUAGACUAAUUACCUAUCCAAGCCUUAAAUAUAGACUAAUUUCAAAUAUUUUAAAACUCCUAAAAUAAAUUUUAGUAUUAAGAUAUCCUAUGACGGUCACCCCGUAAAUAUAAAACGAUUUACAGAAAAUUAAAGCGUACUUCUAGUACAAUGUAUACUGAAAGUAUAACAUUUUUUCAUUCUUUUUCAAUAUACAUUGAUUAUUAGUUCAUUUGUAUACAUAUGACAGUUUUCGACAGCUUUAACGAUCUUCUGUUCGAGCACGGCUCAAGUGUUAUACAAAACGGCUUGUUACUAUUGACGUGGCAACGUUUAAUAAAUCGAUGUACGCCGGCUGCACGUGCGGAAAAGCCUGACUCACUGUCCCGUUACGCUCAUUGUACGCAUGCGCCGCAUCUAUCAAUGUUUUGUUAUGACGUUGUCACGUUAAACUAUCGUCCGUAAACCGACUUUACAGACAACCAUUUCUUUAUAUGAGUUAAUAUAUUCAUGAUAAGGGUGUUUCACAAAUAAUACUAAUAAGGAAUAGACUUUUAUCCAGGUUAUUUAUAACAUUAAAAAAAUACAUGACUUGGGCCUUAAGACAAAAACACUUUUCGACACUUAUCAUAUUUGUAUAGCAAUCGUCACGUGACAAUUUCUUUGACAGAUUCACGCCUGUCAGAAAGUGAUUUUGUCGCAAGCCCCCAUUGUUGUUAAAUAGCAUUAUAUGAGAAUGGUUCUGAUCUAGGGCUUGAGACAAAAUCCUUUUGCGACAGGCGUAACCCCCCGUCCAUGGAAAUCGUCACGUGACUUAAAGUAAUUUAGUCUCAAACUUCGAUAGAAAUUUGAAUAUUAUAAAAAUAAAGCAACCAUUGAAAAAGAAAUUCUUCAACAUUGUUGAAUUUGGUAAUUUUAUAAAUGCUAUCCAAACUUAAAAUAUAACACAAUUUUGCCAAAUUUUUAUUAAUAAAAGAUAAAUUGUAUUAAACCUUUUACUAUGUUUAUUUAGCGUGUAUAAAACCGUCCCCUUUAGGUAAGAACUUAUCAAAUUUUUAAUCACCUUAAUGUAGAAAAAAUAUGAAUAUAAUAGAGGUAGGAUAGAUAAAAUCCCAAAUAUUAUAUGUAUAACUAAUUACAUAUUUAUUGUUACACAUGUAUGGCAACCCCAUGAAUGUAGAUUAAAUCAAGUUAUGUUUACUUUGUAAUAUUAUUUUGAAAAUUAUGUAUCUGUAGUAGUAGAUAACAGAGUUCAGCGAACUUUUGAAAAAGUAGUCGUAUUGAAUUUUAGAUUUUUAAUCUUGAAGUCUUUAACGCCAUUUUCUGUAAAAACAUUGAAGUCUGUGGCGACAUUUUGUGUAAUAAAAUAUUUCAUACUGUCUUUUUCAAAAGUUGUGAUACUCAAAGUCACAUUAGCGUUGAUGGGAAUAAAUCCUAAAUUAUUAAACAGAACCAAAUAAACGUGUAAAUUAUUUUAGUAUAAAUGAUUAGAGAUAUAUGUGAGUAGAUAUAUGUGAUGAUAUUAAUGUUUAAUCAGUCACAUAGACAAUUUAUUGUUUGAGACCACAAAUUACUUACAAUUAUAGACAUCUAAAACUACACCGCUCUAGUCUGUGGAUUAUUUGUUUUAUAAAACAGAAAAAUAAUAUUUGUUAAUUUAAAAAAAUGCGUUCUAGAUAUGAAAUUUCGGUGUUUUUUUUAAUUUUAACAUUCCAUUCCAAAACUAUUGGUUGGUGUACUAAAAGUCAUAACAAUUUGGUUUCUUAAUAUUUUAGUUUAAUAUAGGCACCUUGUUAAAUACCUACAUAUGUGUAUUAUGUAAUCUUUGUUUUACAAAAUUACAAGUAUUUAAAAAUAUCCAAUUUGGCGUGUGGCAGAUAUAUUUGAUAGUACGUUCUAAGAUUGUAUUAAACUUAAUGUGUUAUGUAAAAAAUACUGAAGGGCAAAUGCUCACUAGGCAAUACAUUGAUGCUCUGGACUGAUCAUAAAUGCAAAAAUAUUGUAAAAUGUCACAUUGUUAUCAUGUAACUGUAAGAUUGAAAUUAUAAUUAAGGGUUACAUGUUUUAAAUGCCAAACAAUAAAUUUUUAAGACAUUGUUUAAGACCGCGGUGGGUCAAGCUGUUUCUGAGCAGUAACAAAAGCACGAGAAUUUCGAGAGCAAAAAUAUCGAAGAGCGCGGUACGAGCGGUUUGUUCAAACAGUGAUGGUAUCUGAUAAGAUUCUCGGUGGAUUUUAGGAUGCUGGAGCAUUUGCUAUUAAAAAAAUUUAGGUAAAUGCCGCAAUGUGUCUGCCUCAUGCCCGGAUGGUUUUGGGACACAAGAUGUAUUUAGUUCCUUAAUUUAUGUAAUAAAACUUCCUAUAUAUAAUACAAUAUUUAAAUAAAAUAACAUUAUCACUAUUGAGUGAUAUAUUAUCCACAAUUAUUGUCUUUGACUUAUUAUUAUUUAUAAAACCUUUAAAUUGUGAACACUAUAGAGUUUUUAUAUAAGGCAACAUCGAAUUUGAUUUCAGCUAAGCUGUUGUUAUAGUUUCAAGAGAUACAUUUAUUUAGUUUUGUGUUAGUUGUUAGGUUUAAAGUUAAAAGAAAUAAAUAAUUAUCUGUCAAAA